CAACACACGAAAACAAAUAAAUUUUAUUUAAAUAUAAAAAUUUCUUAAUAUUCUAAAUUUUAUGUUAUUAAAGUAAAAUUUGAAUUAACAUUGUCAUGUCAGGUGGAUUAUAUGAUUUAGAAUAUUUACCUGAAUUUGUUUACAUUCUCUUUGUUUUAAGUUUUGUAUAUGUUUGUUGUAAUUUUAAACAUGACUCUAUAAAUUUGUAGUCCUCAAAUGGACCUCAUUUCGCCUUGUUUUUCAUAUGAUAUUAUUAGUAUCAUAUAGCUUUUAAAAUGGCUGGCUCUAGACAACAACCUAGGCGAAUUCGUUGUUUUAGUUUCAGAAGAAGGCGAAAUGUAUUCGAUUACGUCAAUGACCCUUCGAGAAACCACCAACCUGAGCUAACUACUCCAAAUUGUGAUACCUCUUUAAAGUCCUCAAAGGUUUCCAAGGACGACGAAGUUAAAUCUGACACCACUGAUGAUCUGGAAGACUCCACAUUCGAUAAAAACAAACACGAACGCCAUAACCUGCCCUCCUCAAACUAUACUCCCCAAAAGGAUAAAGCUUUAUCUAAAAAAUCCAGCACCAAGAGUAAAUUAAAUACUCCAAGGUCCUCUAUACAUGAUCCUACACUAUCCAGUAAACCGUCAAAUGAUCACGUAUCCAAUGAAGCCGAUUAUCUAGGUUACGGAAUGGUCGAUUUACCAAAAGACCGUAGAAUGAGUGGUUCGAAUAACCGUGGCUCAUUUUCGAAGAGUUCGACAUUUCAGUCUGUGGGUGCGGAUGAAUCUCAGGAUCGAGAUAUUUUCAGAAGUGGACGAAAGUUCAUAAUCGGAGGUAAACAAACGGAUGGAAAACCCUCAAUUGAGCGAUGUAUCUGGGAACUAGUUGAGAAGAGAGGCUGGGGAAUGAUGAAUAGUAGUUGGAGCAUGAUGGGACCGCGAGUAUUUAACCAAGUGGUUGAGUUUUUAACGGGAAUAGAGAUUUCUUUGUGCCGCCAAGUUAGCAAGGGCUGGUAUAAGAACGUGACUGACGUCAUGGUUUCACGUUCAGAGGUGAUUGUAGAUGCGUUUAAAAAAACUUACAGGGACAUGUUAACCUACGAUCGUAGCUACAUUUUGUUCCAACCAGUUUUAACUGCCAUAAAGGCAAUGAGAAUUGAUGUGAUUAUCAGGGCAAAAGUCGAGCCUCAGUGCACAAUGCAUAAAAAUUCCUUUGGCUACACUUACUCAUACCACUCCUUAACUGUGUCAAAGGACGGGACUCCAAACGGGAACGAAUCUGGAAGAUCCAGGGACGGUAAAGAUGUUUUUGGACUCUUUAAUCGCAAAUCCUCAAAAAAUAAAAAUUUAAACACGCAUGGAUCACAGUCUGGUUCGAAAAAUGCAACUGGAGGCUCCAGCAAAAAGUCGAUUUUUAUUAACAAAUUCAUUUUCGAGGUUUUGAAAAAGAACAGUUCCAGAAGCAUUACAUUUACCCGGGACCUCUCCAGCAUGCAUAGAGAAGAUAUUAACCUCGCAACCACCGCCAGCAUUUCCCAGGUGUGCGAAGGAGAUUACAUCGAGGUUCCCAUCACGCUGAUCAACGCCAUUGGUGCCACAGACGUCCAGUCAAUUAAGUUUUUGCCCCUGGUAAAGGAUAUUAUCACCAACACGCCAUCUCAACUUGACCUUUUACACAGGGAAUGGUACACCGUCGAGCCAAACUCAAAGUACCUCGAACAGCUCUUCCCCCAAAAUAUUAACUCUUACUCCAUCAUACACCCACAUAAACUGUUACCGCAGCUGGUACACCAAGUGACCCAAGUCGCAGGAAUCGACGUCAUCACAUCCAAAUCCAGCUAUGUCGCCUCAAACCUAGGUGUGGUUGCGGAAUCGUGUAAUAUAAUUGGUCAUACGGUGGAGGUUGUGGCGAAGAAUGAGCCGAUAAUAUGCAUGAUUCAGAGAAUAGGACUUCAGCAUGACAGAAUAUGUCAUGUUCAGCUAAGACCGGGCGAUGUGUUGCAAUUUUAUCUGACAAAGGGAUGAAUGUAGGUCGAUUUUUUGAAAAUGAAAAUUCGAUUUGCUGGCUGAGGAUAAUUUUGAGAUUUACCCACAAAUUCUGCUAGAAUCUCGAUUUUACUCUAUCCCCCCUGCAUGCCAAUGUUUAUUUAAUAUUUGU